UACGUGGACGGUGGCCGCACAGCGUCUGAGGAAAAAAAAUGGUCCGUGCCUUGGUACAACUUGAACGCGAUUUUGGUGACAGCUGGCUUUUUCUUCCCUCACGAUACAUCACCACCACCACCUUUUGGUAUUGGACAGCACGAUGCAGGAGGUGGAUACCUACUAUAUAAAGAAUGA